UUUUUAUGUCAUUCCGAAUCGGACACAUUUGCACCUGCGUUGCGCUCGGUCAGAAGCGAAGCCUGUGCAGACGUCCAGUGUGCUAGCGCCAUGUUGCUCCUAGUCGCUGUUCUGCUGCUCUCCACCGUCGAGGGACAGUCCGUCAACAGUUUCGCGGGUCCCUUCGAUCUGGAGCUGCAACGAGUGGAGGCCUGCCCGAGCGCAAUCAGCGGCCUCAACCUCUACAACAUCACGCGGGGCCUGACUCAAGACAAGAAGUACCCGACGCGGUUCUACGCCGCCGGAGUGAUAAAUCACUCCUUCAACAUCAUGCCCUCAGUAGCGGUUAUCGUGAGAGUGAGCAGCUGGAACCGCGGUCGCUGGAAGGAGAACGUGUACCACCACACUGUCCCCCGCGCGUGCGAAGAGUUCAAGGCCCGCGCCGAGGAUCCCGCAUCGAAGCGCCUCCUUCGCAGCGCCCUCGGCCCCGACUUCAGUGUCACCUGCCCCUUCCCCGCAGCCACUUGUGUCAAGAAUUUGAGGUUCGCUGGAACACUCAUUGUUGACAUGCUGAAUUUCCUUGACAACAAUUGGGCGUAG